CCCUCCUCACUCCUGCUCAACCAUCCUCGCCGGCGGAUGCGACCACGGCGGCGGCCUCAAUGGCGUCCUCCUCCGCCACCGAGCCCGGCGUCCGACUCUCAGAUCGCACGAGGAGGUCGCCCCUCAGCUUGAGGGCCAUGGUGCUCCUGAUGCACGUCCUGUUCGUCGGCGCCGUCUUCAUGCUCGAUUCGACCCUCGACAGGCGGAUCCACGAGGAGCCGUGGUAUAUUGGAGUGUAUGGAGUGCUUGUUCUGGUCACCUUAGUCCAAUACUUCUACACUGCUGGUUCAUCUCCAGGGUAUGUUAUUGAUGUAAUGCAAGCUGGUGAUAGGAUGCAUGCUACCUUCGUCAAUACUGCCACCCUUUCAAAACAAUCCAGUUCAAAACAUGGAAGCGUAAAGUCUCCCAUGAACCGGCCUCAACUAGAGAAACUUAGCCCGGUCUCUUCUACAUCGUCAUGGCUACAUCAUAUCGUGGAUCUUUAUCCUCCUGGGUCAAGCAACAGGGAUUGGACUUGCGCAUACUGCAAAAUUAUUCAGCCACCUCGUACCAGACACUGCCAUGAUUGUGAUAAGUGUGUCCUUCAGUUUGAUCAUCACUGUGUUUGGCUUGGAACAUGCAUUGGCAAAAAUAACCAUUGUCGGUUUUGGUGGUACAUAUUUCAAGAAACAAUCCUGUGUACCUGGACUGUUGCUCUGUACAUUGAGUCACUGCAUUUAGAUAUUGGUGACAAGGCCUGGUGGAAGGAUUUUAUUGGUGUAAUCAUGUUAGCAGUAUUGAUAUUUAUCCUACUUUUUCUGCUGCUUCUGUUGAUGUUUCAUAGCUAUAUUGCUCUUACAAAUCAAACUACCUACGAAGUUGCCAGAAGGAAGCGGAUAUUCUACUUGAGGGGAAUUCCUGACAGAGUUCAUCCAUUCAGUAAAGGCAUCUGUAGAAACAUCUACGAUUUCUGCUUCUCUAGACAGAAUGGAUUUGUUCUGGAAGCUGUGCCCCCGCUGGAGGAGCUGGAAGCCAGAGCUAUUCCUUACACAUGCCGAGACAUAAUUUGCUGCCGGUGUUGUUGAUAUGUGUUGUACUGUACCAUUCUUUACCCCCUAGCAUGUGCUGCAAUCCAGUUUCAGAUUUUUUCGACAAUGGAAGCUGGUCUUUCAUGAGCUGCACCAGUAGAUAUGUCUCGAGUUCAUUUUCAUGUAAAAGCACAUGUUCAUUUUUUACGCCAAAAAGAAGUGUAUGUGUUGCUCAAGAUGUAGAUGUCUGUCUGUCCCCAUUGUAUAACCAAUAUAUGUCUGGAAGUUCUUUUUACAAGAUAUAUGUGGCUUAAAUUAGGUUUAUAGGACAGAAACUGUAUCGAGUGACUGUUUGCAAUUCUGUAUAAAUGUGCUAUGCAGUUGUGCUUGUUCA